AUGGGCGUGUAUAUGCCUCCCGGGUAUUCGCCUCCGUUUCAGGUGGUAGACGACUACCAUCAUGGCGCUUGGAUUAUCAUCACUUGUGCUCUAGGUCUAGUCGUUUCGUUGGUCAGCCUUUUCAUUCGAUUGUAUGUACGGCUUGUGCUCAGUCCGCCGUUCGCAUAUGAUGAUUUUCUGCUGUUGGGAGCGACGAUUUUCGCAGUCAUCCAGACCUCAUUGUUAUUCGCCGCUGUAACUCAAGGAUUCGGAACAUCCAUUCAUCUUCUGCAACCAAAUCAAAUAUACAAUAUCCAAACAUUACUCACGGUCAGCGACAUCCUCUAUCUAAUCACCAUCUACGUCUCUAAAUGCUGCGUAGUGGGCAUCCACCUCCGCCUCACCCCCCAGAAGCUCCACAACCGAAUAUCCCAGACCACACUCGCCCUCUGCACAUUAUGGAUAACCACCGCGAUACUCAUCAUCGCCGUAAACUGCGAGCUGAAUCGGCCCUGGAAAGGUGCUGGCGCACAAUGCGUCAAUCUGUUAAAACGCUGGCAAUUCAUUGUCGCAAUGGAUAUCCUCACCGAGAUUCUCCUCUUCGCCCUCGCAGUCACCCUCCUCGCGGGCCUAUUCAUGCCCCUUAAACGUAAACUUCCUAUUGGGUUUGCCUUUUUCUUUCGGCUGCCAUUGAUCAUUUUCUCUGUACUGCAUAUUCAUACUUUGAACCAAAACAUGUCCUCGCCGGAUCCUACCCUCGCCGCCGUCGAACCGAUUAUUUGGUCCCAGGUCGAGCUUAACUAUGCCCUCGUCGCGUGUAGUGUAUUUUGUCUCCGGCCGUUUAUGACGGCUGUUAGUACGUUCUAUGGGACGGCGGGGGAUGUGAAUUUAGAGAGUGGAUCUACGUCGAGGACACCGAAGGAUCAGUCUUCUUCGUCUAGGUCAGGGACGAGAGUUACGACUUCGGUGGUGGAUGGGAGGGAGAGAUGGCGCGUGUCACGAUCGGGGGCACCGUCAAAGACCCAUGAGCGGUUGGGUAGUGGGGAGAGUGGUCCGGCACAGGCUGGACUGGUAGAUUCAUCAAUUGAGCUGGUGGAGAGCGGGGAUUCGGGGAUGGCUGAGUGUAGUGGGGGGACGAAUAUGUGUAUUCGCAAGGAUGUACAGUAUACGGUUGAGUUUGAUAGGAGUCAAAAGCGGAAUUGA